AUGGCGAAGACGGCCGUGAUGGAGCUCCGGACGCUGCCGCUCGGCUUCCGCUUCCACCCCACCGACGAGGAGCUCAUCACCUACUACCUCAAGGGCAAGAUCACCGGCCAGAUCAACUCCGAGGCCGAGGUCAUCCCCGAGAUCGACGUCUGCAAGUGCGAGCCGUGGGACCUCCCAGAUAAGUCAAUUAUCCAGUCCGACGAUCCUGAGUGGUUCUUCUUCGCGCCCAAGGACCGCAAGUACCCCAACGGUAGCAGGUCGAACAGGGCCACCGAGGCUGGAUACUGGAAGGCCACUGGCAAGGACAGGAUCAUCAAGUCCAAGGGUGACAAGCGCAAGCAGCAUACCAUUGGUAUGAAGAAGACCCUUGUCUUCCACCGCGGACGUGCCCCCAAGGGUGAGCGCAUAGGGUGGAUUAUGCACGAGUACCGCACCACCGAGCCUGAGUUCGAUUCCGGCCAGCAGGGUGGUUAUGUUCUUUAUCGCCUCUUCCGGAAGCAAGAGGAGAAAACUGAGCGCCCCAGCCCAGAGGAAAUGGAUAGAAGUGGCUACUCACCUACUCCUUCUCGUUCUUCACCUGACAACCUAGAGGCGAAUGAGGAAGCUAAUACACCAUUAAAUAAGGAAUCUCCAGAAUCUGCUCUGCAUGAUCGGAUUGAGCUGCCACAUUCUGUUGAAACCCAUGUUGGGUCAGUGACAAGGUGGCUGGCAGACAGAAAUGAUAACUUGGUGGCUACUGCACCAGAUGUUUCCCAUAUACCUUCCCACGGACAUGCUGCUGGUGUACCUAAGGUUGAUCCUUCAGCUGGUGCUUCAGCCCACUUGGUUAAUCCCCAGAAUGGAAAUGACGAUUAUAACAACUUUGUGUCUGGUUUCCCCCCCAUUCUACCACUUGAAAAUGCAUUCUUACCUGAUAUACAGCAAGGAGCUUUUGGUUUUGAUGGCAUCAUGAAUCCUCCUGAUGCCCUGGAUGCUUUCUUAAAUCAAACACUUGUUGAUCCUGAUGAACAUUCAUCAACAACAUCAAAAGUUCAGUAUGAUUCUGACAUUCUAACAGAAUUUGAGAACCAAUGGAAUAUGCAGGUUGAGCCUCAAGAUGAUCGAAGCUGUUUGGCAAACAUAGGUUUCGAGCCAGAUGAGCCAAACCCUCUGCUUCCUUUUGACAUCACUGACCAAGACGUACUUUCGGUAGACUCUGGUGCUGAUUCCUUCAAUGAGCUGUUCAAUAGCAUGGAAGAUCCGACUGGAAUUGCUCUUAGGCCUCAACAGUUGGACUCCACUGUGCCACCAAGCUAUGUGUUUGCUAACCAGGGCAAUGCAGUAAGGAGGCUGCGGCUAGAGGUUGUUGAGUGUAGGGAGAUCAUAACUAAAGAUGAGAGUGAAGAUGAAGUAUCAUGUGUUGUAACUCCAGACUGUUUGAAUGAAUCUGUUGAGGAGUCCACCGUAGAGAAGGAUGUGGCUUCUGAUGGGGAUGAGGCUGAGUCAACAGGGAUUGUUAUUAGAAGCCGUCACCCUGCUCCAAGUUCAAGCUCAGAAAUUUCAUUCACUCAACAGGGAACUGCUGUGCAAAGGCUGCGGCUACAGUCAGGCCUUAACAAAGGCCCGUAUCCUAGUAGUGAUGAUUCAUCAAGCUGCAUCAUAGACGAAUCAGAAAGUCAGCACAAAGCAGAGAAAGCAGAGAUCGAAGAGGAUGCAAGCACAAACCUUGCUGGAAGUGUUGAUGAUCUACCUGGCAAUAGCCAUGAUGAUGAGCAAAAGAACAUCCCUGAACAUGAUGCUGAAACGGCUGUUCCAGAAGCCAAAUCUGUUCUGAGGCUGCGGAAGACUUCUGAGGAAAGCAACAAGGAUGUCAAGCAGGAGGAUUGUCUCGGGCCACACAUGAGGGCACCAAUGCAGAGGGGGGCUUCCAAUCAUACAUCUGGCUGGUUCUUUCGGUGGCUCUGGUGCUGCUUCUCUGUGUUGGGGCGUAUGGAUGGGUGUGAAAUGUAUCCUGGUGCGGUGCAAGGCAUGGCAUUUUGCGCACAUGGGUUCCUUGCAUCAGCCUGGUGGGUGGUCUUUUGUACAUAA